AUGAAGGGAAAAGAUGACGUCAUCAAGAAACAGAGCUCGUUCCAGAGACUUUCGAUUCUGGAUUUGAGCAACCCGAGUUCCAACACUUUGUCAGAGGAUCUAUCCAUCUCUCUCGCCGGAUCUGAUCUUCACAACUUCACCCUCGCCGAGCUCAAAGUCAUCACACAGAGCUUUUCCUCCACCAACUUCCUCGGUGAAGGAGGCUUUGGUCCUGUUCACAAGGGCUUCGUCGACGACAAGCUUCGUCCUGGUCUUAAAGCUCAGCCUGUCGCCGUCAAAUUGCUCGAUCUUGAAGGCCUUCAAGGUCACCGUGAAUGGCUGACAGAAGUCAUGUUUCUGGGACAACUGAAGCACAAGAAUCUGGUGAAACUGAUCGGUUAUUGCUGCGAGGAAGAACACAGGACUCUCGUCUAUGAGUUUAUGCCUCGUGGAAGCUUAGAGAAUCAGCUUUUCAGAAGGUAUUCGGCGUCGCUUCCAUGGUCGACGAGGAUGAAGAUAGCUCACGGAGCUGCAACAGGUGUUCAAUUUCUCCACGAAGCAGAAAAGCCCGUCAUCUAUCGGGAUUUCAAAGCCUCCAACAUCUUGUUAGAUUCCGAUUACACGGCUAAGCUCUCUGACUUUGGCCUAGCCAAAGACGGACCAGAAGGAGACGACACGCACGUUUCAACGCGCGUGAUGGGCACGCAAGGCUACGCAGCUCCUGAAUACAUCAUGACCGGUCAUCUAACGGCAAGGAGCGACAUCUACAGCUUCGGAGUCGUGCUCUUGGAGCUGCUGACCGGACGCAGAUCGGUGGACAAGAAGAGACCUUCGAGGGAACAGAAUCUCGUGGACUGGGCUCGUCCAAUGCUCAAUGACCCUCGCAAACUCAGUCGAAUCAUGGACCCGAGGCUUGAAGGUCAGUACUCGGAGGCAGGAGCAAGAAAAGCAGCAGCAUUGGCUUACCAAUGCUUAAGCCACCGACCCAAGAACCGGCCUUGUAUGAGCACUGUCGUCUCUAUCCUCAACGAUCUUAAGGACUACAAUGAUAUUCCCAUGGGAACAUUCGUCUACACGGUGCCAAACACUCCCGACAAGUCAGUCAACGACAAUAGGGACGACGAAGGUCGUGUCAAGGAAGGUAAUAAGCCUCGUAAGAGUAAUCAUCAUCAUCGAGAAAGUAAUCAUCACCGGUCGUCGCCUACGGCUAAGUCGCCGGGGCAAACCGGAGGAAACCACCGGACAACUUUGAGAAAUGGAUUGAAUUCGCCUAUGCGAAGUGAGGCCGGUGGGGAACGGUACUGA